AUCAAGACCCAGGCCAUGGCCCUAACAUCCCUCCUGAUCAGCGAAAUUGUAACAACAUACCUCCUGUUAAGAUCCAACCUAGGGGCCGGAGUCUAUCUAUACCUAUCAGCGGCUUCCAUCCGACUACUACCUCCCCCACAACCCUCACCCUCACUAUUCCCCAUCCUUCGAACAUUCACCAAAGUCCUCCUCGUCUCCCUGAGUCAUCAAUACUGCUGGGACAUCGUCAACCAAGUAACAUCCAUUGAUGAAGACCGCAUCAACAAACCCCAAAGACCAAUCCCCGCGGGCCGUCUUACCGUGAACGCAGCCAAGUGGAGGUGGCUCAUCAGCUGGACCGUCUCUCCUGUGCUCAUAUACACCACCCUCAACAGCCAAGCCCUAACCAUAUUUCUCUUAUCCGAAGUAUUAAUCGCAUUAUGCUACGUAUGGCCUCGAUUUGACCACUGGAGCCUCCGCAAUGUUUUCCCUGCCCUUUGGACCUUCCUCACCUUCCGGCUUCUGAACAGUGUCAUAUGUGAAAUGUACCCGCAACUAUCGACACGGAUCAACCUGGAUAUCAUCCUCUCGCUGUGGAUACUGGUGACUAUUCACAUUCAAGAGUUUCACGAUAUUGACGGCGAUCGGAAAAUGCAGCGCAGAACACUUCCUGUGGUUUUGUCGGAUGCGACUUCUAUGAAGAGGUUGAGAAGAGCCACGGCGACGUUGAUUGCUGCUGGUGGGGUAGGGUUGUUUAUUUGGGGCUGGGUGAAGUGCCGCAUGGGUGUUGGUCUGUUGCUCACAGGGGUGUUUCAUCUUCUGGGUGCGCUGGCGGUGGGUGUAAGGUGCGUUUAUGCGACAUCGGCGGAGAUGGAUGAGAGGACCUAUAAAGUAUACUAUAUAUUGACUAUGUAUUGGCUGGUUUACUUUUUGUCGCUGGUUAAUAUGUCGGUUGUGACUGAUGGGGUGGUGGAAGGGUACUACUAG